AUGCGUAUUCGGCGAGGGCUGCGAAUCAGAAUCAGUCCAACGGAAUCUCGGGGAAGAUACGGCACGGCACGAAACGAGAAGACACGGCCGACGUAGCCGAGCGGGGAGUCGCGAACGAUCUACCGGGACGAGCUUGUCAAUACACGGCCGCCCGACGCGGCGUCGACCGUUGGUGCGCUUCAGCGGACGCGAGGUAGAAGAAGAAGAGAAGGAGGAGGCGGCGGCGGAGGCGGCAGGAAGGAAGGAAGACACGAACGGCGCCGUGAAUUGUUCGUCGAGAAGUCGCUUUUGGCCUGCCAGCCAGAAUGGCGAAGCCCGAGCAAGUUUUAAUUAUCGAGCCGCAAGGCGAGCUGCGAUUCAGGGGUCCAUUUACUGGAGGUCCUGUCACGUCUUAUAUAAAACUAAUCAAUCCAACGAUUCACAAAGUAUAUUUUAAAAUAAAGACAACUGCCCCAAAGAGAUAUUGUGUACGUCCAAAUUCUGGAGCGCUCAAGCCAAAGGAUGUCACUGAAAUAGCAGUGUGCUUACAACCAUAUGAUUUUGAUCCGGCGGAGAAAAAUAAACAUAAAUUUAUGGUGCAGACUGUAAUAGCACCAGAUGAUGAUGAUGAUGAAUAUCCAAUUGAUGUGUGGAAGGACAUAAACCCAGAUCAGUUAAUGGAUUCCAAACUUAAAUGCGUCUUUGAAAAUCCCGUGACCAGUACCACCACGGCUAAAACUACUGCAACCUCUACAACAACCAAGGCAGAUUCUAACACGACUAACGGGAAGAAUAAGGCAGUUGGUGAUUCAGUCAAAUCAUCACCGAAGAUACUUGGUGAAGCAGAGGAGAAAUUGUUAAAAGCUGCACAAGAGGUUAAUCAGCUUAGGGUAGAAGAAAGCACUCUUAGACAAGAAAAUCUUCAACUUAGGGAAGAUUUAAUGAAGUGGCGAAAUGCGGCACUGGGCAACGACGGCAACCUCGCAUCAGCUAGAGGUAUAACCUCGCAGAGCAAUAGCCAGCUAUCUCCAACAUCUACUAGUGUCCUAAUCGCCAUCGCCAUGGUUAUAGUCGGCUACUUGCUGGGAAAACUAAUCUGAACAGCCUUCAUCUUAUUGUAUACCUCAGUGUAUCCCCACCGCCCCCGUGUUUUUUUUAGCCUGUUCUCUGCAGUCACAUGUCAUCGUUCGAUCGCAGACACAGACUCCAGAUAUUGCGUUACUCGAAUGUUCAUAAUAAAUGCUAUAAACACGAACGGUAGUGGUCUACAUUAAUAGAGCUGCUCGUUACGGGUGUGUGUGCUUAUAAAAGAUUCGGUAAGAGGCUUGAUUUUAAAGAAAACAAAAAAAGAAAAAAGAGAUUUGCUCAUUUAUUUUCUGUUUUAAAAAAGUCCGGCGGCGCCGGUAGAGACUCGAUUAGAAAGUGCUAGGUGGUCGCUCGGUCGUUACGUUUUACUACUUGCGUUCAUUCGCACAAUCACACUUUUGUUUUCGCGCUUCUCACACGAUGGUUCCUGCUUACGAUUUUCGAUUACAAACUGUAGCUCGCGCCUAUUCUCGAAAGGCAUAACUCAUUACUGGGAGAAUGUUCUAUCGCACUGAUUGUAUCGCAGAUUAAGAUUCUUUCGAACCUGUACACCACCAUCCAUUUUUGGAGUCAAUCUCGCGCGGUUAUUGGCGCGAAAGAUCACACACGUACGAGUCAGGGUGCUAUUGUAUCUCACACAUUGAAUAGCAUCUUCCUCCGCAUAUUAUCCGAACGUUGUAACAACGCUGUACGAUUGGAAAGCGGGAUUAGCGUCCGACGCGCGGAUCUAGUGCACCGGACGUGAGCACAUCGUUGCUUACGUACGCUCGAUUCGCAGCACUCUCCGGUGCAACCGCGCCGAGUGUUGCUCGUCGCGCUUUACUGUCGUGCACAGCGAUGUGCUGAGACGAUGAGGCGCAUUCGCGAUAGCGAGUAAUGAUUCGAACGCAUUUGUAAAUGUAGUUACACGUAGGUUACAUUAUACAUUUGCUGUGAGAGAAAGUAUAUAUACAUUGUGCGUGUACUUGCAAGUGUAUCGAGCUAUAUUGUGAGCGAAGUGUUGUAACGCCGACACACUUACAAAUACAUUAUUAUACGGAAUCAUUAGUCGCUGCUCGCGUGCGUAUCUCGCUCUUAACGCCGGUAUGUAUACAUACUAUGUCCAUUUCUGUGUGUGUGCGUGUGUGAGUGGUUAAUAACGUGCGACAUCACACAUAGUCGGGGGAGGGGGGAAAGAGGGUUGUUAGAGGCGGUGGCUGGCCGAAGAGUAGUGGUUGAUGAUCCAACACAAAUCGGUUGUGCUGGUCGCAUAAACGCCAGCGUUGAUAUAUUAUUAAAUGAGGAAAGAAAAGGCCGUUAAUGCAUUGAAUUUACGUCUGACGCUUCAGUGUACUUUUUAUUUCUUUAUGUUUGUCUUACAAAAGGUAACGAAUAAAGAUAUGUCUCGGAUAUCACAUGGCGAGGGGUUUUGAAUUUCGCAUCCUUACGCCUGACCGAACUCUGUUUCGUCCGUAACUAACUCGUUGGCAUGAUCUUUCACAUGGACAUGGUAUUAUUGUCGAUUCCGAGGUGGAGCCGGUGAGAGCGACUGACCGGUCGCUUCGGCCGGAGUUCACCGGCUACGUGAGCCGACCGCGGCUGGUCACAAUUACAGAGUACCGUCGAGCACGUGUAAUACUUAUGUCACACAGGUGUAGAGAAAUAUUUACAUAUAACUGUGCCUUAGAACUAGAGGCAAUAGCGUUAAUACGACUUCAAGAUCUUUUACUGGCUUCCUAUCUCUAGCUCCGAGAGUUUUUUUACACACCUCGCUACGGUCCUUUGGUAAAUCUUUCUAUAGCGAACUACAAACCGAAUUCCGUAUGUGUGUCUCGCGCGCGUGGCUGUAAUAUAUCAGAAUACUGUUCCACACAUUGUUACAUUGUAAGUAGAGGCGCGUGUGAGACGCGGUUCUAAAGUAGUAGCGCGGGGGAAAUCUAGCUGAAAACGUUUCUCGAUCGACUGUGUGUACUUUAUAAUCGGUGUGAACUUCCGUCGUCGCUGUACGAGUUUCUGAUUCGGUGACAAACACGGUUGACACUCUAGAAAUCCCGAUAGUAUUAUUUUUACAAGUUCUAACAUUCCUCUAACGUUCGGGCGUGCGAAGAAAGGGAGGGGGAGAGAGAGAGAGAGAGAGAGAGAGAGAGAGAGAGAAAGAGAGCGGGAAGGAUUCAGCGACUCAUACAGCGAAAGAACGAUUCUUAGAUAAAUCGUGUAAGCUCAGAUUCCAUCUUUUUCCUUGCGCAUAUUAAAUAUUUUACGUGUAUAUUAUACGCCCUUAUUAAUUACAAAGUUUACUCAAACUCGAACCUGAUCUAUGUCGCGUCUUUGUAAAACGGAAUAUAUUGUAACAUGUAAAUUUGAAAUAUAUAUGUAUAUUCACACACGCACAACACACACACACACACACAGACAUACAACACAAUACAUAUACACACAUGCAUAUGCAUACAAACAAGAAGAAGUAAAUAGCACGUCUCUCAUCUCGCGCGUUUUAUCUGCACCAGAGACGCUCUCCGUUACUUCGUAGGGGAAAAAAAAGAAAACAAGAUCAAGCGAUGUACGAUGCAGAAGAGGCGAUAGCGAUACAGUUCAUAGACAUUUCCCGAGCACUACGUUAGAUUUCAUCGCAGGUACGAAGAAUUUGUUGUAUAUGAUCUAUAUAAGAUUGUUACGAUACGAUUAUACAUAUGAUUACCGAGUUUUGUGGUUUCGCUUCAUGCGUGACUACGCCGUCACGUGCGACUAAUCUAUUAACAGCGGUAUCCUUUUCGUUAACACUCGUGUUUGAAUAAAAGUAUUCUAUUAAAUAGUGUACCACCAUA